AUGUUGAAUGCGAUUGACAACACUGGCGAAAUCAAGUCCCUGCUUGAUAUAGGACUUGUGAGAAGUGCUUUUCUUAAAACCCAUGUCAAAGCCAAAAAGUUUGAAGGAGGUACAAUUAAAUCCUAUCUGAUGAGCUUGUGUCAUUUCCUUUCAUUUUUGCUAGCAGAAAACCCAGAUGAUGUUAAUUUCAACAUGGAGGUGGUCACCUCAUCAAGAGAGAAAGUAUGCCUGUGGUCAACAUAACAGAGAGAUUUGUGUACUUGUUGGUGGAUGAAACAAACUAGAGGAGGAUGUGAUGAAUCGUCGAACACUGGCCAACAUUAGGGAAUUUGAGAAAACGGAAGCAGCUCAGGAAGCAGUCAAAUUGAUAGGACAAUUUUCAGACCCCUCCAACGCCCCACUUGUCACCCAAAUGGGAUACGCUUUGGUGGGAGACUUUCUGUUUGCCCAAAUUUUCAUUGAUAGUGCAAACAGACAGAGUUUUAACGUGCAUGACAAUGAAUGAGUAUUACAACACGUGCAAAGAAGGUGAUGACUAGUAUCUUAUAGCAGUAAAAGUGCACAAAACUGUCCACAUUCAUGGGGCAGUUUAUGUUGUACUGAGCAAGAGAUUGAUGGCUUGGCUCACUAUUUUCGUGCAACACAUGUGAAGGCAAUGCACAACCUUAACGACCAGCCUGGUGUUUUUAUCGUGGAAUAGGCAAAGCAUGACAUCUGGGCAGAUAAAUGAAGCAGUCCAAUCAGUAUUUAAGAAGGCUGAAAUUCCAACGAAAGUUACGUCCACAUCUUUUCAAAAAGUUGCUGUGACACCACGGUUAAUAGAAGGAGACUGGUUAGGCUACUUGUACCACGUGACAAAUUAUGUUAUUCAACCUUGUCUUGAAGGGCCAUGUGGUUCAUUCCCUGCAUCAUAUCUCAAUCGCUUAUUAGGAAUAUACAGAAUGUAUACAAAACCUGCAUUUGAAAUUUCAACACCGGGUGUUCCCAAAAAAACUAUACCCUGUUUGAUUUCAUGUAACAUAAAACCUAUAAAAGCUAUUUCACUAAAAUAAAAAGCAUUGUAUUCAUAAAGGAUUAACUUAGAUUUUGAUAUGUAACAUUUAAUUUUCCGUGUGAUAUUGACAGAAAUACAAGUGUUUGAAGUUGCGAGGAUUUUUAGAAAUUGUCAAAAAAAAUGACAAAAAUCACCACAUCAAACUAAAUUGAAAGCAGUUAUCACUUGACAUGGAAUCUUUUUAACUUCAGUGAUUUUAUCUUUAAUUUUAGGUUAUUCCCUUGCAAAUUUACUUUUAAAAAUAAAAAUUACACUUAAAGAUUGAUUCUUAGGAAUAAAACAAUUUAGUGAAAGUAAUAAUUCACGUUUAAAGAAAGUUCCAUUUGACAUCCCUUGGGAUUAAAAUUCGCAAUGAAAUAAACAUUGUCGAUUAGAUUUAUAUUCUUAAAGAUGCCUCAGUUAACAAAAGACCAAAGAGUUUGGAUUUGUAUCGAAUACGCUAGAACAAACAAUGUUCGUGAAGUAAUAAGGCGGUGGCCGUAUUGGAUGGUAUUCCAGUCCCGAGUAAGGUAAACAUAAAAGCAACGUUUGAGAAGUUUGUGCGAGAAGGCACUUGCCACAAUCUUAACAAAGGAAGAAGCGGUCGAUUAAGAACUGUCAGAACUCAGGAAAAUAUAGAUGUGGUCCCAAGAUCAGCAAGAAGAAAUGGGUUAGGAUUAAGUCGAAGCAGUUUUAAUCGAAUUGUCAAAAUGGAUAUCAAAUUUCAUCCAUAUGUCCUAAUGCAGAGGCACCAACUGAGAGAAGGCGAUCCACAACAACGAUUGGCAUUCUGCAAUCGAUUUGUCAACACAGCAGGGCAGAAUCCUGAUUUCCUUGACCAGCUAAUCGUAUCCAACGAAGCAAUUUUUAGCUCAAAUGCUGAAAUAAAUUCAAGAAAUGUCAUAAAAUACGCAGCAAAGGGGGACGGCCACCCACCGGAUCAUUAUGUUGAAUUUUCUCAAGGUGCCGACCAAGUGAUGGUAUGGGUUGGAUUGGCAAGAACAGGUGUUGUUUUGGGUCCACAUUUUAUCGAAAGAAAACUCGACAGCAGAGAGAAUACUUGA